CAAUAAUAUUAUUGAAAAUGCAAGAAAAUUAAUUUUCCUUUUAAAAUAAUGUGUUAAUUAACUGGAAAAAUCAGAAAAUCCGUUAAAAAUGACCGAAAUACAACAGCUCAAGUUGAAUCCAUACGACGAAUACGAUCUUUACAACGAUUACGAUCCAAAUUUGAUACAGUUAAGCGAAGCAGGCAUCCAACCCGAAGAUUUCCUUCGAGAUCCGUUGAAAUCAUCUUACAAAUGGAAAUCCACGGCAUCGGGUAAAGAUACAAUACUUCAGCUGAUGCAAAAUGAAGCCGAAGAUUUGGUCCGGCGUCCCAUUACAGCCGUUCAUGGGGUAGGCUUCACGUCACGUUCGUCCAACAACAUGUUCGAUCCUUUGAACCUGGUCAGUCAAAUGAAAUCUACACCUACAGAUACCCCUAAAGAAGUAACUCUAGAGGAUCGUAUACGUAACUUGGAGCAUCAGGUUAUGCAAGCUAUCGACGAAUCUUGUAAGGCUGAACACGAUGGUAAUUUCAAAUUAGCGUUACAGAAAGCUAAAGAUGCAUCUUCUAAAGAACACGCGCUGAUACAAUUACUAGAACAAACUGGGCACGCAGAUUCGCAUAAUUUCGAUCUCACUAAUUCGGUCUUGUUUACCAUAGCCCACCAAUACGUUACCAAUAACAUGUACACCGAAGCUUUAAACAUGUAUAAGGCUAUAAUAAAAAACGGCGUGUUUCCGAAAGAAGUCAACAAAUGCAUAUUUAAAAUUAACAUCGGUAAUAUCUACGCCAAGCUGGGCAAAUACCACGAAGCUUUGAAAACCUACCGCUGGGUCCUAGAUCGAGUACCGAACACCAAUAAGGAGUUCCGAAUCAAAAUUCUACACAAUAUCGGUAUCAUUUUCGUAAAAAUGGGUAAAUUCGACGACGCUUGUUCGAAUUUCGAGUACAUUUUGCAAGAAAGACCAGUAAUGAGCGCCGGAUUUCACGCAGUCGUUUGCCAUUAUUUAUUACGUAAUGUAUCAUCGAUGAAAAAAUCAUUCCAAGCUUUACUCAAUAUUCCACCGGAAAUCACCGAAAUGCAGAAUAAAUUCGUCAUCCACGACGACGUCGACGUUCAAACCGAAGUUCUCAAACGCGACGCGUUAUCGCAAAUCAUCCAAAAAUCCAACAGAGAAGCGGAAAAAAAUAUAAUCUGUUCUGCCAACCUGAUUUCACAAUACAUCGACGAUAAUUACGCAUCAGGGUACAACUGGUGUCUCGAAACUAUCAAAAACUCAGACCAUUACUCUUCGCUUUCCGGUGAUCUUGAAAUAACCAAAGCUAUCGCGUAUCUGCGAAAUAAUAAGACACCAGAAUCGGCCAUCGAUGCUUUGAAAUCGUUCGAUAAACGAGAAAAUCGUAUUGCCAGCGUAGCUUACACGAAUCUAUCGUUUAUUUAUUACCUUCUAGAGAAUUACGAAUCGGCUGAGAGUCAAGCGUCGCAAGGACGCGAAUGUGACAUGUACAGCGCCGUAGCCAACGUCAACUUGGGUAAUUGUUUCUUCGCCAAAGAUGCUCUAGAUAAGGCUAAAGAGUAUUAUAAUCUAGCUCUGGAAAAUGAUUCGUCGUGUAUCGAAGCAUUAUACAAUCUUGGUCUGGGGUAUAAAAGAACCGGUCACAUAGAAGAAGCGUUAGAUUGCUUUAACAAGUUACGUAAAAUGGUUAACAAUCAUCCGGAUGUUUUGUACCAAAUCGCUCACCUUUACGAACUUUCCGGCGAAACUGAUCAAGCCAUAGAAUGGUAUUUACAAUUACUCGGAAUUAUACCCUCGGAUAUUGGCACUUUGUUAAAAUUAGCCGAUAUCUUCGAUAACGAAAACGAUAAACAGCAAGCGUUCCAUUAUUACUUCGAAGCGUACCGAUAUUGCCCAUCCAGUCUUACUGUCUUGGACUGGCUCGGAGAAUACUUCGUCGAAUUAAGAUUAUCGGAAAAAGCAGCAACGUAUUUCGAAAAAGCAUCUUUAGUUCAACCCGAAGAACCCAAAUGGAAACUGUUAGUCGGCUCGUGUCACCGACAAGCUGGAAAUUAUCAGCAAGCGCUACGUAUUUAUAAAAAAGUAAUGCAACAGUUCCCCAACAACACCGAUUGCUUAAAACUACUCAUUAAAAUUGGUCGUGAAUUAGGCCUGAAAGAAACCAACGAGUAUGUGGAUAGAUUGAAAAAGAUCGAGAAAUCCAUUGCUCAACAGAAUUCGGCCAAUAUGAGGCGUAAAAAUGGAGGCUCCAGUGGAUCAAGCAGCAGAGCUAGUACGUCGAUUGGUAAUGAUAGAGCUGCCUCUGGGAAUAACGAUAAAAGAACCUAUGAUAUAUCAUUUACUGAUCCAGUCGGUCCUUUGAAUAAUGAUCGUCCUAGGACGUCGGCCUCGAAUAAAUUGACCCUCCAUUUACAAACCAAAGAAGAUGUGGAAUUCGGCGAUGAUGAGUUGGAUGAUGAUCUAUUACCUUUGUAAAAACUUCAUCUUGAUUUUCACCUCGAUUUUCUGUGUUAAUUCGUCCUAUUCGUGUUUUGUUGUUUUACACACCUUUUUUUUCACGUCGUUUUGUAAUAUUAUUUUCUAGUCAUUGCACUGUGAUGUUUUUUCCGCCCCAAUAUUCUUUAUUUUUUAUACCUUUCGACUUUGUUAUUGA